AUGGAUUCCACCCUCAUCAUUCUCUGGGUGUUUACCUGGGUGACACUCGGGUUGAUUGUCCUUCGGCUCCUUGUGCGAAAGUUGAAAGGAUUACAGUUCGUUCUGGGCGAUUAUUUCUCAAUGGGAGCGAUUCUCUGCGCGCUCGUACGCCUCGCCUUGGUCCAUGUUAUUCUCAUCUGGGGAACUAACAAUAUGGCUACCACGUUCAGACACACACACCAUUUCACCCCUGAGGAGAUCCGUCGCAGAGAAAUCGCGAGCAAGUUCGUGCUCAUUAAUCGAGUGUUCUAUAAUUCCUAUCUCUGGUUGCAAAAGCUGGUUUUGCUUGAUACCUACCGCAGACUGCACACGCACCUUCGCUGGGAGAAGGUCACGAUGAUCGCAUAUAUCGGCAUAUUCGCAGCGACGUAUGUAACUGUACAGAUCGUGACUUUCACGGAGUGCGAUCCAUUCAACCAUUACUGGAUCGUGUUGCCGGAUCCUGGCACAUGCUGCCAGGCACAGCUCCAGUUGAUCGUCCUCGGGGUCCUCAAUAUCAUUACAGACAUUAUGCUUAUCGCUAUGCCGAUUCCUGUUCUGGUUCUGGUUAAACGAUCCACUGUUGAAAAAUUCCAGCUGGCAGCCCUCUUCACUGUCGGCCUCUUCAUCGUCGCCAUCACCAUCGCUAGACUACCCCAAAACGCCAAAAAUUCCACCGUUCAAGUGAACAGAACGACUUGGGCGUCGAUUGAGUUACUUGCCGCCGCUGUCGUCGCCAAUGCACCCGUCCUGUACGGACUCUUCAAGGGACAAAGGCAAAAGUCCAAGUACGCUGCAUCGGGAACCGGAUCAGCUGGGCAGUCAUUACCGGGACUUCAACAGAGGUUAGCAAAUGAGUCUGAAUUCGAACUGCAAGGGACCCAUCACAGUAAUAGAGGGUCUGGACUCGGCUCCAAGAUAUCGUCCAGGAAUUAUUUGGAGAUUGACGGCGAAAGUUGUCGGUCGUUGGCUCGAACCUCGGGAAAGUAG